UCGAACAGAAGUUACUUUCUGUAAAGAAGAAAUUUAAGAUAGGCAUCGAGAAGGACUAGUACCACCGGACACACUAGCGUGAACGAAAGGACUUACUGAGAUUGUCUUAAAACUCGAUAUAUUUAUUUUCUGUUGUUUUUUCUUUUCUUUUCGAAACAAGCUACCAGGAACAAAGGACACGCGGCGCGAACAGACUGAGAUCUUUUCAUCCAACAAGUCACACUUGAGUACCCCUGCCUUUGAUCCUUUUAUGCAUUUGGAUUUGACUUCUACAUCCCGCUGUUCUACUAUGGUCAUCAUGGAGGUUCCCACCAUCAGCUGCGCGUCCCUCCAUGGUCUGUUGGACGGAGACGCGCCGGGCUGCCUGGUGCUGGACUGCCGCUCCUUCCUCUCCUUUAACUCGUCCCACAUAUCGGGCUCCACCAACGUGCGCUUUAGCACCAUAGUUCGCCGCAGAGCCAGGGGCGCCUUGGGACUCGAGCACAUUGCGCUCAACGAGGAGACCAGGAACCGGCUCCUGUCAGGGGAGUACCAGUCCGUGGUGCUGCUGGACGACCGGAGCACGGACUUCGGACAGGUGAAGAAGGACGCCACGCUGAUGCUUGCUGUUACGGCCCUGUGUCGCAACCCCUGCGGGGUCUGCCUGUUUCUCCUGAACGGUGGAUUUGAAAAAUUUUCCUCCCAGUAUCCAGAGAUGUGUACCAAGCCGUGCCCUCCUCAAGGUCUGAGCUUGUCUCUGAGCUCCAGACAACCAGAGAGUGCAGACUCCACCAGCAGUCCUUGCAACACGCCUCUGUAUGACCAGGGAGGUCCUGUGGAGAUCUUGCCUUUCCUGUACCUCGGCAGCGCCUACCACGCUUCCAGGAAGGACAUGCUGGACAUGCUGGGGAUCACUGCCCUGAUCAACGUCUCUGCCAACUGUCCCAACCACUUUGAGGAUUCCUUUCUCUACAAGAGCAUCCCUGUGGAGGACAACCACAAAGCAGACAUCAGCUCCUGGUUCAAUGAGGCGAUCGAGUUUAUCGACUCUGUGAAAAGUAAAGGAGGCCGUGUGUUUGUGCAUUGUCAAGCAGGCAUCUCCCGAUCCGCCACCAUCUGCCUCGCAUACCUCAUGCGUACCAACCGCGUAAAGCUCGACGAGGCCUUCGAGUUUGUCAAGCAGCGCCGCAGCAUCAUUUCACCCAACUUCAGCUUCAUGGGUCAGCUCCUUCAGUUCGAGUCCCAGGUCCUGGCCUCCUCCACUUGCUCCUCGGUGGCGGGCAGCCCGGCCAUCGGCAACAGCAGCACGGUGUUCAACUUCCCCGUGCACACGUCUACAGCUCCGCACUCCUUCCUCCACAGUCCCAUCACAACCUCUCCUAGCUGCUGAUGGGAGUAUUUGGACUUAGUAACUCAUAAUCCACAGUGAUGCUGGUGUCACUGGACAGUGAAUGGUUGGGUGUGUGUGUGAGUUGUUAGUAACUCCUUUUGUCAGUUGGCCUUGUCAUUUCAAUGGUAGAUGUGACAUUCACCAUGAGACCGUUUUGAUCUUUAACUUCCAUAAUGUGAACCUAUUUCCAGGAAGCUUUUGGGAGACGAUCCUGUUUGGGGAAAUCGUUUUUUAUUUAAAGGGACUGAUUGUUGGAAUUUUGAUGAAGGCUUCAGAUAAUCACAAUCAGAAACACAACAGAGAGGCUAUCGGUUAUCUCAGGAAAUGUUUACAUAACCUCUCCAAUGUCCUUUUUGCUUUUGGCACAUGCAAAGAAAGCAACAGAAACCCAACAUGACGUGGAUCAUGUGAAGCUGAUGGAAUGUAACCCCCCCCCCCCCUUUUUUUUUGUUUCUAUGUGUCAUAAACCUUUCUGCUCAUCUGUAGCAAUGAACAGGUUGCUGAUUAGCAUCCAAAGUUGUUGACGACUGACUGUCAUGACCUGUUUGGUAAAAUACCUCAUGUUUUCUGAACCCCGGGACCCACUGAAAUGGGCCCACAGUGUCUUUAUUACUGCGUUAUGACAUAUUUAUUAACUAAAGUAAUAUAUUUCUUUAUCUAUUUUUACAAAAAUGUUUUUUUAUACAUGUGAAUAAAUCUCAACUCUUUGUAAAACUUUGAAGUUUCUAUUUUUUUUUUGUUGUUGUUGCUGAAAAUGCACAACCAGCCCUGAUAUUGAAUAUAAAGCGUGAUGAAUGUUCUUAAUCCCUAGAAAGUCCAGAUAAAAGCAGAAAGUGUGUGUUUGUGUGUGUGGUGGAAUCCUAUCGUGUGUCUGCAGAAGGAUAAAUCAGGCGUGAUGUCAUGGUUUCAGCCAUUGUUCAGGACACACUCUGAAUGGGAACCCAGCUGAGGCCAGGCCACCCGCAGGAGUCUGCUCUGCUCAGGCACAAAAGAGGCAGCUGCAAGGCGUUUGGGAAAAAUGGGACAACCAAAGAGCAUUCAGGGCUCGGUCAAGCUCCGGCCCUGUGUCUUUUGCAUCCACCCGCUGCAGAGGAGGCAGGGCAGAGAUGUCCGUGACAGGGAAAGGCGUGUUUGGGUUGCAAAUUCCCCCCCCCACCCCUAAGUUUGGCUGGGAUCUGCAGUUGUGUGUGUGUGUGAGGCAGAGAACACGUAAAGAGUUCUUUUAGAGCUGUGGAGGAUUUUAGUACAAAACAACCUUCUGGUGUUAUUGAUAACAUAACAUAUAAUCGCCUAAAAACCCACUUCCUCCGCUUGGCGUUUCCUGAACAUGUUUGAAUUUGGCCCUCUUUUGUGUAGAUUUUAUUUAACAGUUUUCAUUGGUUCAUUCUAUCCCUUGUUUUACACAUUUGUCCUGUACUAGAAUGUUUCACCUUUUUUGUAAUUUGUAAUCUGUAAUUUGAAUUGCUUUUAUUUUCUGAUUUAUUCACUAUAUUUAACUUUCUACUGUACCAUGUUGGCUUCCUGGCAGGGUUGCGGAAGGCGCUUUAUAAAUAAAGCUUUGAUUGAUUGAA